AUGAGUUUAUGGACGAAGAUAAUUGGGCCUAUUGUAUCUCGAGUAAUUAAGAAAGCUGUAAAUCGUGUUCUUGAUAUGCAUGGGUAUUUUUGCCCAGGAUAUUUUAGUCCUACAUUUGCAGUGACAUGUCGGAAUUCACAGAGUAGUGGAAUAACUUCUAAAACAGUGAUGGAUAAAGCUUAUGAUCAAAUGCGAGUUAAUAAAUGGGAUGGACCAAGUGUAAGAAACACAAUUGACGAUGCAGUCAGGAAGAUUUUCAAUGAAAAAUAUGAUACUUGGACUGAGAGACAUACGCUGGCAGAUGGGCGACUAAUAAUAUCUACUGUUGCUGUUGCUUUUGCUGCUAUCGGCCUCAUAUAUGAUUAUAAUGAGCCAUUUCCAAGAUCGAAACCGGUGCUUGCAACAUGUUCCAUUACAUAUUUCAUAUUAAUGGGUGUUUUACAAUUGUAUCAGUGGUAUAUUGAAAAAGGUACUUUCUAUCAAGGCGUAGAAAUGGAUCCAAGUGGACGAACUCCUAAAAGAUACUGGAAAUGGUCGUCAUCGAUCAAAAAAUACGAUGACAAAUAUACCCUGGAAGCCGAAUAUAUGCAAGAAUCGCGUACAGGAUACAUUAAAGUGUUGAAAUCUAUAGGAGCAUUCAUAGAUGAGGAAGGUGUUAUUGUUCUACCAAUUCUGGAGAAAGAAUUGGCGCAUAUUGUUAGCAGCGUAUUGCGAAAAGACGGGUGA